AUCCAUCGUAUAGUCAUUCACUAUGAAGGUUUCUAACGUUGUUAUUGGAUUGACUGCGGCUGCUGCCGCAGUCUCUGCUGCUGACGAAGAUGCCAACAGAGAAGUUGUCACUGUGACUGUCACUGGUACUACCCAGACCCACCAGUGGGGUAGAUUUAACCAUACUCCUCGUCCAAAGACCACUCAAACGGGCACCCACAGAUGGGGUAGAUUCGACCACACUCCUCGUUCUCACACUACUCAAACUGGUACUCACAGAUGGGGAAGAUUCGACCACACUCCUCGUUCUCAUACCACUCAAACUGGUACUCACAGAUGGGGAAGAUUCGACCACACUCCUCGUUCUCAUACCACUCAAACCGGUACUCACAGAUGGGGUAGAUUCGACCACACUCAAAGAACUCACACCACUCAAACUGGUACUCAUAGAUGGGGAAGAUUCGACCACACCAAGCCACCUUUGACCACCACUGUUUUCGUUCAACCUUCUGAAGAACCUGAAGUCAUUGAGCUUUCCAAUAGAGAAGUUGGCAAUGCAUCCACCAAUGGUUCGAACACUACGAAUGGUUCCAGCACUGAAAACGCUGGUUUCGUCAAUUCGUACAAUAUCGGUGCUGCUGGUGCCCUUGCUGCUGGUUUGUUGUUGAUUGUUUAAAUAUAGUUUCUCGAAAUUUGGCAAAG